CCUGGAUGGCCGCUGCCAGAGCGGCGCUGGUCGCUUCAGAAGACGACCGGGGGGCCAGUUCGAGGCCGGCCUUGGCCCCAAGCUCCCUCCAAAGCUCCUCCGCCGGCCGGCUCAGGGAGAGACCGCUGGCAUCUUCAACAACGGGGCCGGAGGAAGAGCUUUGGAGGGAGCUUGGGGCCAAGGCCGGCCUCGAACUGGCCCCCCGGUCGUCUUCUGAAGCGACCAGCGCCGCUCUGGCAGCGGCCAUCCAGGGCUGUUGGUGCUGCAAGCCGAGGCUGCCAGGGAGGCCGCCCUGCAGGAGGCGAGGAGCAAGGCUGAUGCCGCCAUAUUGAAGGCUCGGGAGGUCGCCCGUCGGGCAGAAGAAGAGGCUGCCUCAGCUAGGGAGGAGCUUCGGUCCCUUCAGGCUGAAACUGGCGCCCAACUGGCCUGCUUGGAGAAGGCCGGCUUCAAGCUUAUGCCGGUGCUUCCGGCCCCCAAGUGUGCUAUCCCGGAAUGGUGCGUGGAUACCUCCGGCUACCGGAAUACUGGCGAGUUCAUGGACUCGGCCAAGGAUUUCUGCGCUGGGGCCUUUGGAGACGUGUUCUCUCAUGCCCUGGAGAAGGUCCCGGCGAAGGAUCGUCUGAAAUACGGCGUGCGGCUAAUGGGAAGCUCCCCCUUAGCGCGCCAAUUCCUUUAUGAUUCUGCUGAUAGCGCCUUCGCCGGUGGCUAUAGCGAAGGGGUCAAAGCCUUUCUCCCCAUCUUUGAGAAGCUUCUGGGCCCUGACGUCAACCCGGCCGAUCAUACGGAAGAGGACCUGCUGAUCGAAGCCCUGGGGAAGAUAAGGCGGGAUAGGCGCCGAGCGGCGGCCAUAGCCAUGGGGGAUAUCCCGGAACCCCCAACCCCUGAGCCCGAGCCUCAGGUGGAAGAGCACACUCACGCCGGGAGCCGGCCAUCAUCCCCCCAUAUGUGCUGAUUUAUAUUUUAGUCUAGCCUUCCUUCCGACUGUAACAUAUAGACUUGUACUUUCCAGCCGAUAGUGCUGAAGAAUAAAAAUCCAUGUUUUGCCAAAGUUCGUCUUUAUGCCGUGUUUGUACCUUAUUCUUUCAAUGUACUCGCGCCGUACGUAGCCAGAUAACGCGUAGCGUACCCGUAGUUUUUUGCC